CUCACAGAGGCUGCCUCUGUUUGCUCCGACACAUUCCUCUCCGACGCUUCUGCUUCCUUCCAUCUGGGGGAUUGGAAACUUGAGGGACUUUAUCGUCGCAGGCAGAGAACAAAAGGCGGGCGGGCGGGCGUGCGGACGGACAGGGUCAGCGCGGUGAAUGUAGCGGCAGGCUGGGUGUCUGUCUGCGGGGCGCACACCGGUGCUGCUGGACCAGCCGAGAACGCACCAAGUGCCGUCCCAGGUCUCAUUUUCCCCUCCCGCGGAGUCACGCACACGGCAAAAAAAAAUGUUUCUUCUCGGGACUGUGCUGGUUCUUUUCUUCACAGAUGCAUUGCCAUCCUCAGCACCCAUCUUCCCAUUCCCUCCCUCCUCCACUGACUGUGUCGAAGCUCAUCGUGUGUGCUCCGCCGAUCCCCGGUGCGAGGCGUUGUACCGAGGCUUGGAGCUGUGUGCGGCUGACGCAGCGGUCUCUCCACUAGGGGAGCAGGCGGCAGCUGAGUGCCUGGAGAGACAGGACGCUCUGCUGGCCAAACACCCUGCUCUGCUGGCCUGCAAGUGCCAGCGUGGGUUUCGCAAGGAGGAGCAGUGCCUGCGCAUUUACUGGAGCGUUCGCCUGCUGCCAGGGGAGGAUGAGCUGGAAAUAUCUCCCUAUGAAGACACAUUAAUGGAUACUCGCAUGGCCUCCUUAGUGGCAGCUUCAUCUUUCAUGCAACUGGAUGAUGAGAACCAGUGCCUGAAGGCGGCACAGGACUGCGGCCUGUAUGAGAAGUGUGGUUCCCUGCGAUCAGAGUAUGUCCUGGCCUGCACCAAGCGGGUUCCCGGGUCCAGCCGAUGUAACCAGCACAAGUGCCACCGGGCCCUCCGGCGCUUCCUGGAGCGGGUGCCUGAGGAGUACAGCCUGGGCGUCCUGUUCUGCCCCUGCACCAACACCCUGUGUGGUGAGAGGAGGAGGAAAACCAUUGUACCCUCCUGCUCCUACCAGGAUAUGGAGGGAAUACAACCAAACUGCCUCCACCAGCAGAGUUUCUGUCGCCGAGACGACCUUUGCAGGUCCAGACUGGCUGAUUUCCUUAAUAACUGCCAGCCAUCUCCUCUGACGGCCAGCGGCUGCCUGAAAGACUCAGCUGGCCUCUGCCUCCGAGCCUACGCUGGACUCAUUGGUACCAUCAUGACGCCCAACUACAUCAGUAACGGCUCUGCUGAUGUGUCACUGUGGUGCAACUGUGAAGGCAGCGGCAACCACUGGCAGGAGUGUCUGAGACUGCAGCGUAUGUUCACCCACAACGCCUGCCUGCGUAACUCUAUCAGUUGGAUGGGGAGCCCCGGCUCCCUGCCUGCAGACAUCACCCCCCCUCCUGCUCCUAGACCCUCCCCGUUGGUUCAGGAGGAUGAGCUGCUGAGCAACAACCACCUGCCUGAACACAACAACAUUGUGGUGGAGAGCGAGGAAGAAGAGGAACAGACACAGACAGAAGAGGAGGGCGAUGAUGGUGGCCAGUUCGACGUCAUCCCGCUGUACUCAGAGAGGGCAACUGUCUCCAACUUGGGCUCCUCUGGGACUGGGGUGGCUACAUCCCUCAACACUGGCCCUGCUAAACCCAUACUACUGCUCCUUCUGCUCCUAUCUGCCUCCCUCAGCUGGGGGUAGAGUGUGGGAUUUCAGAGAACAUGCACACAAACACAUGCACAUCCAUACACUCACAUAUUUUGAACCCUCCAACAAUCCUGGACUGAUUGCUGUAAAAUUAUGAGAAACAUAGUGAAGAAAUGGACUUCACCUUUUGUCAGUAGCAUCCCCCUCAGUGUCCUUUCGUCCUUCCUUCCUUCCUCUCUUUGAAAAUGGCACUUUGCUCACCAUGGUCUGACUGCGGUGGUGUAUUAACGUCCUGGCAGCACAGGACACCUAGUUGUGGCAGGGCGGUCACAUGCUACCA